AUGGAGGUGGAAAAUGAAAGACCAGAGGACGGCGAGCGCGUUCAGCAGCUCCUGCAACGGCGGGAGUAUCUACACCUCUCGCUAAUCUCUUCCUUGGAGCGUUCUCUAUCAAAGGCGCAGUGCUGCGGGGCCCCUUGGGCCCCCUUCAUAGGCAAUCCGGGUACGAAGGACAUCCGAGAUGAGGAGGGGGGGCCCCCUGGGGGCCCCCAGGGGGCCCCCCAAGGGGCCCCCUCGGGAGCUUCUUCCCAGGGGGGACCCUUUCUUAGGGGCCUCGCGGUUGACCCUGCAACCCAGCUGGAGAUAAAGACCCUGAGGAUGCGGCUGGCGGAGGCUGAAGGGGCCCUUGAGAGGACGAAGGAAACACAGACAGCGCAGCAGUUCUCUGGGCAGAGCGUGACUGGGCAGCGGCUGAUAACAAAGUGCCGGACGCUGCAGCAGGAGAAUGCAGAGUUAGGGAGGGCCCUGAAUGAGGGUUUUGCUGCAACAACAACAGUUCAGCUGGGGGCCCUAAAGAAACAUGUUGUCUUCUUACAAAAAGAACUAAGGCAACUCCGGGAACUCAACGCUGACCUCGAUGCAGACAACGAAGAUUUGUCUCAGCAACUUCAAGCAGUGUUUGUUCAGUUCAGCGAGGUGAAGGCGGAGAGAGAUUCUUUGAAGCUGCAGGUGGCGGACCUCGAGACAAAGCUGAAGGCCACCAAGAUCUCGAGGCCUCCUCACCCCGAAAGAAGCUACGGAGUUCGCGCUAGCCCUUCUGGCAGCCGAGGGGACCGCAGGGCUUCAUCUACCGCUCCUUCAGGCGAUUUUGCUUCACGCGGGGGCCCCCUGGGGGCCCCCCGUGAGGAUAAGAGCAGCAGGUCAAGCAGGAGGGUUUGGGACGCUGAGCGGUCCCCAGAAGGCCCCUCGCGCAGGGGGGCCCCCGAGGGGCCCCAUUCGGCUUCUCACAGUAGACCCCCGCGGGGAGACAACAGAGACAGAAUCGACAGAGACAGAGACAGAGACAGGGGCAGAGACAGAGACAGAGACAGAGACAGAGAUAGAGAAAGAGACAGAGAAAGAGAAAGAGAGAGAGAUAGAGAUAGAGACAGAGACAGAGACAGAGACAGGGAGAGGGAUAGGGAGCGGGAAAGGGAAAGGGAAAGGGAAAGAGAGAGGGAGAGGAGGGCAAAGGAAACCCAACGAAGGCCCUCUGAGGAUUCCAGGGGCCGCAGGGGUUCCGCCAGCGGCUCCUCGCGCCAGCGUAGCAACGCCCGCUAG